AUGAUAGAACCUAUAAUAUUCUUUUCCAAGCUGGCCUUCCGGCUACCUUACAGCCUUGUGAAAGCCUGGGUUGGAGGAAGCUUGGCAGAGCUCGGAUCAUCUAAAGCAGUCGCUCGGGUUUUUCUAUCUGAAUUCGCUGAAAAUUUAGAUCCUGUAACACUGAGAUGGGUUGUUAAUCCUGUGCUUCGUUCAGUGAAUGUACUCUCACUCUGGUGGCUGGGGGCAGCGGGUUCAGAUGGCCGCUUGAGGUGGCUAUACAAGGAAGAAGGGGCACCUGUGUUACUAUAUGUACAUGGUGGUGGCAUGUGCGUCGACAUGUUUGCUUGCAGCUUGGGCUACUUGAAGCUCCUUAAAAAAGAGAUAGGGCACUUGUCAAUAGCUAUAGCGGACUACUCACUAUGUGCGCGCUACCCGCAAGCGAUUGAAGAUGUGUGGACUGAGUAUAAGAAAAUCAUAGAUGAGCAUAAAGAGGUGUGGUUGAUGGGUGACUCCGCUGGUGGCAACUUAGGCAUGAACAUUCUCCAGCGCUGCGCAAGCGACUACACGCGUUUUCCCGAGAAGUGCGUGCUUAUUAGUCCUUGGCUCAACGUCACCAAGUCUGAGACAAGUUUCGCGCACCCAGGCACAGAUGAUUAUUUGACUCGCAAUCAACUUGCCAUGUUCAAGAACGUAUACGCGCCCAACGGCAGCCAUCAAGACCCUUUUUUAAACAUCGAAGCCAACUUCGACGAUGGCUUGUGGACUACAAUUAUGCGCCACACGAAGUUCAUCGUACUCUGCGGUUCAGAUGAAAUACUAUGCCCCGAAAUCAUUCGAUUAUGUAGUAAGCUGGCCAAGAUAGACGAAGAUCGAGUGAAGAUGUGCAUGGAACCCCGGGGAGUUCACUGCAACACUCUCCUUUUCGAUGCAUGGGAUCCUUAUGCGGAGCACUCUUCGUUUCCAGAGAUCUUGAGAUUUCUGCGAUCUGACUUUUAUGAAAAAGCUUGA